AUGAGGGAGAGGCUGUGUGGCAAGGAGGAGAAGCUGGCCCACUCCCAGUCUGAGCUGGAGGAGCUGAGAGAACAGGUGCACCUGGGGGUAUAUUCUGGGGAACAGGCAGAGGGAAUGGGGGCUCCAGGGCCGUGUGGUGGAGCUGGAGGGGAAGCUGAGGGACUGUGUUCCCCAUUCGGAGAUGGACGAGGUGCAGGUGAACCAGGUCUGCAGUGUGAGCAGCUGGCCAGGGAGAGAUCCGAGGCCAGCCUGAGACUGAACGAGGCCCAACUGGAUCUGGAGAGUCUACGGCCAACCAGCCCCACACACUGUCAGGGAGAUGAGGAAGAGAGGUCGGAAGGGUCAGAGCCCUCCAUCACAUCAGAGGCGCUGACGGCUCUGUCGGAGCAGCUGGCCCAGACAGCCCAGGAACUGCAGGCGGAGAGGGCUUUGCGAUGCCACGCCCAGACAGAGACGGCCAGGCUGGAUGCCCAACUACAGGCCACACAACAGGACCUUAUACCCUGGAAGGAGCAUGACAAAGUUAAGGCGGAGCUGCAGCGCUCCCUGCAGGCCAGUGAGAACAGUGCGGUGGAGGCCAAGGAGGCUUUGAGUGUGAAGGAGACAGAGCUGAGAGACCUGAGGUCCCAGAAGGCUGUGGAACAGGGCCUGGUGUCCAAGGAGGACCACGAGUCCCAGCGCCUCUCACUGCAGGCCGAGAUCAACGCAUUCACCGCCCAAUUCAACAACCUCACACGCAAACACAAGAAGACUUGCACCGAGGUGUUCCAGGUGCAGCGUGAGGCUCUGUUUAAUAAGAGUGAGUGUCAGGUGGCCGACGCUCAGCCUGCCACGGCGCAGCAACAGCUGGCUGACUUGCAGGCCCAGUCCAGCCACGUCCAGGAGCUCCACAAAGACAUCCAGGACUCCCAGGCCCUGGUCAAGGAGAAGGACCGCAAAAUCAAAAUCAACCCAAAAUCAACCCCUAGCCCCUCCCCCUUCGCUUGGCUACCCAUCCACAUCACUCUGGUCAAACACCACACCACCUAACAUUUAUUCUACAUGAGGAGUCUGGAUUUGAUCUCCUCCCUGACGACUUUUCAAAUGCGAACACAUUGAAACCAUUCUGAUUGGUCCCUAAAAAACGAUGGGUUGGGCCAGAGCCUGAACUCACGUGGGAAAGUGUUUUGUAAAUAUAAAUAAGCUUUGAUACUCUGAUUGGUUACAGACGAUCCAAUCGCUGAUGACUUGUUUUGUACAACGCCCCUCACUUUUACGUCAGCAGAAACAGCUUCUACAGUUGCGGUCACAGACUGAAUGUACAGUGCAUUCGGAAAGUAUUCAGACCCCUUGACUUUUUCCACAUUUUGUUACGUUACAGCUUUAUUCUAAAAUGUAUAAAAUAAUGUUUUCCCCUCAUCAAUCUACACACAAUAACCCAUAAUGACAAAGCAAAAACAGGUUUUUAGACAUUUAUGCACAUUUAUAAAACAUAAAAACUGAAACAUGACAUUUACUUAAGUAGUCAGACCCUUUACUCAGUACUUUGUUAAAGCACCUUUGGCAGUGA